UAUGGUGGCCAGCUUGGCAGACCUACGGUUCUUGUUGAUGAUAUUAUUGCUCUGCUGGAGGAUCAGGGACGGCGCCUGCACCCAGCAAGCCCCGUGGGUUCUGGGGCUGCGACUGGAGGACCCAGAAGGCCAGGUGUAUAUGAAGGGGCGGAUCAUCUCUGCGCCGCAAGGGGCCAGUUUCAAGCUUCGGCUGUUUGGUUUGGAUCUAAAUGGGACCUGGCCGUGGGUGGCGUUCGCUGGAACAAGACAGGAGGAGACCGGGGUGGUGGAAUAUGCAGCUGACCCGUGCGAGCAGGAGACCCGCCGUGACUCCGCCGCCUUCCAGGUCACCGGGGAGUUCACAGCGGACGAGGAGUACAGCGGGUUGAUAACGGUACAGACGCGGGACAAGAGCAGCAUCUCUCCCGCUGCAUCCUCCACGGGAGGAGGGGAUGAUGCCAACCCUACCUACCACCACCACCUGUGCGUGUUGAAGAACGGAAGCUGGGUGUCGGUGGGACCGGACAGGUUGCAGAUCAACAACGACGCAGGUCUCCCGGCAGACUACAUCCCUCGGUGGGGUAUGGCGGUGCUGAUCGUGCUGCUGACCCUGGUGUGCGGGGUGCUGAGGAGCGUGAACCUCAGCCUGUUGUGGCUGGACCCCCUGGAGCUCUACGUUUUCCACAGCUGCGGCUCCGAGGAGGACAAACGGGCCGCCAAGCGCCUCGAGCCAAUCCGGAGACGAGGCAACUGCCUGGUGUGUUCUCUGCUGUUCCUGUGCGCUCUGGGCCACUCGGUUCUCGGUGUGCUACUCUACAGGGUCCUGGGUUCCAUAGCGCCCGCCGUCUUCGCCAGCGGGUUCCUCAUCUUCCUGGUGUCAGAGCUUGUUCCCCACAUAGUGUGUUCCGGCUACGGCUUCCAGCUAGCCCCAGGCUUCACCUGGCUGGCACAGGUGUGUAUGGUGCUGACGUGCCCACUGUCGUGCCCGCUGGGCCUGGUGCUGGACCUGGUGUUGAGACGUGACAUCAGCACCUGCGGUGUGAGGGAGAGAGCCAUGGAGAUGAUCCGCACCAACGUCAAUGAUCCCUACAGUGAGUUUGUGAAGGAGGAGUUUAGUCGUGGUGCGCUACGCAGGAAGACCGUGGAGGACAUCCUUACUCCACUGAACGACUGUUUCAUGCUGCCGUCCACCGCUGUGCUGGACUUCUCCACCAUGUCAGAGAUCAUGCAGAGUGGAUACACACGAGUCCCCAUCUAUGAAGAGGAGAAGUCCAACAUCGUGGAGAUCUUGUUCGUGAAGGACCUGGCUCUGGUCGAUCCUGACGACUGUACUCCCAUGACGACCAUCACCAAGUUCUACAAUCACCCACUACACUUUGUCUUCAACGACACUAAACUGGACGCCAUGCUGGAGGAGUUCAAGAAAGGAAACUCUGCCCUGGCCAUUGUUCAGAAGGUGAACAACGAGGGGGAGGGGGAUCCCUUCUACGAGGUGCUGGGAUUGGUCACAUUGGAGGAUGUCAUCGAAGAGAUCAUCAAAUCAGAGAUCCUGGAUGAGUCAGACGGCUACAUGGACAUGAAGGUGAAGCGUCCCCUGGCCCCUCUGGAGAUUCCUCUGGAACCUCGCAGCGUCCACCAAGAGUUCUCUCUGUUCAAACUCCCAGAGGGAGAACCCAAGAUCCGCACCUCACCUCAGCUACUGCUGGCCACACACCGCUUCCUCUCCAGAGAGGUAGAGCACUUCAGUCCAGCCCGUGUGUCAGAGAAGGUGUUGUUCCACCUGCUCCGUCACCCCAGUGUCAACCAGGAAGUUCACUUUGACCCCUCUAACCGCCUGAGCCCCGACCACUACCUCUACACACGCAACCACCCCGUAGACUACUUCAUACUGCUACUACAGGGGCGUGUGGAGGUUGAAAUCGGUAAAGAGGGCUUGAAGUUUGAAAAUGGAGCGUUCACAUACUACGGUGUGUCUGCACUCACAGCGCCAACCUCAGUGCACCAGUCUCCAGUUUCGACCCAGCAUCGUCCUCCCAGGGAUCCAUUUGAGAUGGGAGACGCCACCAGCCCGUCCAGCUACUGUCCUGACUACACCGUCCACGCCCUCACUGACCUGCAGCUCAUACGGGUGACUCGCAUGCAGUACCUGAAUGCUUUGAUGGCGUCGCGUGUUGGCCAGAGCCCAGAAUCUCCUGAGAUCAAGAUCCUGCCUAACAGUCAGACCAAGCUGCUCAACGAGAGGAACACUGUCACACAAGGUGGCAGUAAAUCCCAGGAAAGUUCAACGGAAGAGGAGGCUCAUGGGUAAUGAAGUUCUCUCUGUCAGAACUAUGUGUGUUACUCAGACAACCAACAAGGAGGCUUUUUUUUAAUAUAUAUAUAUUUUUAUCAGUGAAUCUCUUAUCUCUGGAAUGCAGUGAUUGGACCUGGCUGAGUGAGCGUCUGUGUGUGUGGUGUGUGUGCAUGUGUGUGGCUACUGCACUAUCCUCAGCCGUUUUCCUCAUUCAUUAUACGUUUCACACCAAUCGUGUGUGUGUGCGUCUCUCCUCCCUGUUGUAAUUCAGCCUCCUUUGCCUAAAAGUUACAUUGCGUGUUCCUUCAUUAUUAGCCUAUCUGUGUGCCAAAGCAACUCACGUCAACCCCCUGUGUGUGUGCAAUUGUGCGUGCGUGUUGUCACAACCCGUCCAUCCAAGCAUUAGACACAGGUUGGUCAAAAAAAGCCACUUCACAGAAAUGUUUACACCGCUUUUGGUGAUUUGCUUUAGUUGUUUGAUUAUACGUCCAUAUUUUAUUUGAUACACUCCCACAUAUUUGUCUAUCUAGACCUAAUGGAAGGCCUGUAUACAGUAUAUCAGGAAACCUACGGGAUGAUUGGAACUGUUUUCUCUAGUUAAAGGGCUAGAUCACCCAACAUUAAAGAAACAAAUAUGUAUUUGAAAAUGUUCGUACUAUCCCUUUAAGAGAGCUGAUGUAACACUCCUGUCCAUUCCAUUGCAUAGUCAAUGUUUAGCUUCAGGUCUGAGCUGUGAUGGGAGCGGUGUGUGUGUGUGACCUCUCUUACGGCCGCCAACUCUGACCCAGUCUGCUUUCAUCCAUUCCUUUUGUUUGGCCAAGUUGCCAUAGAGACAAUCACAAUACCCUUUAUUCACUCAGUAUAUUUACCCAGACACCAUACAGAAUAGAUAAAACAGACACAAGUCCACAUAGACACCAUACAGAAUAGACAAUAUGUUUGUGUUUGUCACAUCUAAAGCACCUUGUUGAUUUUCUCAUCCUUGAUAGCCGAGUAGGUUGAGUUCCAUUAACAUUCCACACACACACAGAAGUGAUAUGUGCUCUUGUGUGGCUGGCCUGGUGUGUGUGUGUGCAUGACUGACCGUGUGCGUGACUCUAGUAUUCGGUCUUACAGACUCUUUCAGGAAACUCAAUUUCCCAUGUUGCAGUGUAACUACCCAUGUGUGCAGGGAAUACAUAUGUUACCCACUGUCCUGUGGAGACAGGAAACGCCUAGAUAAAGGCCUGGUCCAGAAUCAACCCCUUGGUCCUAACCCCUACCACCUUCCCCUGGCCCCUAGUUGUCUACCCUUUGCUCCUAGCCCUUAGUCUAAACAGAUCUGAUGAAAAGGUGAUGGCAGCACCUAUCUGGUUGUGGGGAUAGGAGUCUUUGGAGUAGGGAAUGAGGCUGGAGUCUUUGGAGUGGGGAAUGAGAAUAGGAGUCUUUGGAGUGGGGAAUGAGAAUAGGAGUCUUUGGAGUGGGGAAUGAGGAUAGGAGUCUUUGGAGUGGGGAAUGAGGAUAGGAGUCUUUGGAGUGGGGAAUGAGGAUAGGAGUCUUUGGAGUGGGGAAUGAGGAUAGGAGUCUUUGGAGUAGGGAAUGAGGAUAGGAGUCUUUGGAGUGGGGAAUGAGGAUAGGAGUCUUUGGAGUAGGGAAUGAGGAUAGGAGUCUUUGGAGUGGGGAAUGAGGAUAGGAGUCUUUGUAGUAGGGAAUGAGGAUAGGAGUCUUUGGAGUGGGGAAUGAGGAUAGGAGUCUUUGUAGUGGGGAAUGGGGAUAGGAGUCUUUGGCGUGGGGAUUGGGGAUAGGAGUUUUUGGCGUGGACCAGAGACUCUACGAGGGUCAUAUUCAUUAGUGCACACUGUAGCAAAAUGUUUUGAAACAGAAAACAAAAAUAAACAUUUCUUAUUGGACAAGUUUAGGUAGUCCCUCCCUGUUUCAGUACGUUUUCUUCCGUUUGGUGCCUAAUGAACACGACCCAUGUUUCCCAGCAACCAUGAUAGGGGUUGGCUAUUUUGGCGGCCAUCUUGGUUGCCUCAGUCGUUCUCCACCCCAUAAAGUGUUUUUUUUUUAGUUGAUCUAAUUACAGACAUAUGCUAAUUAAUGACAUAUGCUAAGACAAGGGAUUAACUAUGUGAUUCAAAGUAAAUAUUUUCCAUCUGUUUUAACAAUAUUGUACUGUUGGUUAUGUUUCAAGUCCAUUUAUAUUGUAUUAAAAGACAAUGUAUAUUGUAAAAAAGGUCAUCAUUACUUAUGCUACUUAUAUUGUUUGGGAGAAAUGUUGGGUUUUUUGAUGGGGUAGAAAACUGUAUAUUAAUAUAUAUGCUUAUCUAGAGAGAAUAUGAAUCAAGGAUGCAGAUUUAAGCUCGUAGUUUUCAGGUACAAAUGUAGAAUAAUGUUACCAUGAUGAUGAUGAUGAGAACCGGACCAGCGCUAGUUUCUCUCCAGGAAUUUUUUGUAUAGAUUUUUUUCCCAAUUCUCUGGAAGCUGAGAGUUGUGUGUGCAGAGAACAUUGCAUUGAACUAUUUCAAUAUCUGCUGUUUCAUAGUAAAUAAACCCAGUCCUUGUAUACA